GAGGAGGUCAUGCUCUCCCUGGCAGUGGCCCUGGCCAUCAGCUCGAUGCUGGUCAAUCUGGGGCAGGAGUCAGCCAAGGACUACACCUUCGCAUGCUUCUUUCUCAUCUGCACCACGCUCCUGCUGCGGCUGCGCUGGCUCCUCGGCACUGCCGUCCUGUCCCUGCCGCUGCUGCUGCUGUAUGGGGCGCGGCUGGGCGACGCCGCGUGGCCGAAUGUGCUGCCGGCUGACGCGGACGUGCACCUCAUUGUGGCCUGGGCCACUGGCGCGCUCCUGUCGUACACCAAUGAAGUGCAGAAGAGGCAAAUGUUCAUCGCUGCCAAGGGGACACAGUCAGGCGCAAAAGAAGCGUCCCAACAGCAGGGGUCAGGCAUUGCGCCUGCAUGCCAGCGGCGAGGACUUAUUACUUUGACGACUUGAUCUGGAGCGUUAAAGUAGCAACCCAAUAUUUGUCAAUUGCGGCACCUGACAGCCAAGGUGUGCAUCAGAGCUUGAUGAUUGGUUGCUGUUAGCACAUUGAGACACUCAAAGUGAUAUUCCGUCUUGUACAAAAUUGCGGUGGGCCAGAGAUAUUUUCAUGGAGGAUGGAGUUCACGUUUGCACUUUAUUUCAGUUGACCUGGAGAUUUGAUGGUUCGUGCUUCAGAUUUCAGGCAGAGUUGGCAAGGUUAGGAGAGUCAAAGGCACAGGAAAGAUGAUUGAGCGUCAAAAUAUUAUGCGGGAAUUGUCUGACUGCUGAUUGUUGUCACACACGCCUGGAUCGCCCUGUUCCGGAAGCCUAGAAAUGGAAAUUGAUCUAGAGAAUAGAAUAGAGGGAAAAAAAAGCUGUCUCUUGUGGAAAGUAAGUUUGCUGUCACUGGGUCAUAAUAUAUUGCGGGCAAUCCAGGAAUUGCAAGAGAAUUGUAAAUGUCCGUUCCGG